AUGUUUUUUUUUCUCCUUUUACUACAAAUUAUCUUGCAGACAACCAGCGCUCCUCGUUCCUCUGCCAAAGCGCGCAAGGCACCAGUCGUCAAAGAGGAAGUCUUGAGUGUGCAGUCAUCGGAUGAUGAAGACGACAAAGAAGUUGCGGCACCCGUCGUAAGAAUGGCUGACAUCGGAGCGGCUCCUUUCACACCUGCACCCAUAGUAGCAUCACCUCCAGUUAUGGCCAUGAAACCUAAAAGAAAGCCCAAACCAUCAGCUCCGGUAAUCAAACUUCCCAGAAGAAGAACAAUAGAUGUUCCAGUUAGGAUGGAUGUAUCAGAAAAGUCGUCUACGGCAUCUGUAAGUUCCGCAGAGGAUAUCGUGAGCUCACCGUCGGCGACUGGGAAGACUCGUCGAAGACGAAUUUCGAAACGCGUAGAGAGUGCAGAUGCAUCUGAUACUUCCUUACUUACACCUUCGUCUUUUCUACCUGAACAACCUGCGCCUGCUCCAAAGCCCAGUACCGAACCAAAGAAGGGAAGACGUCAUACCAUAGUGCCUAUCGCCGUUCCGGUCGAGAUACCUAUUAUGGACCUAGGAGUUUCCAGUGAAAGCACAUCUAAGGAUGAAUCAAUG